AUGUUCACAUUGUCAGAGUUGUCAUCUUUAAGUGAGAGACAAGGCAGGUACAAGCUACUGAAGCCAUGGUGGGAAGUCUUCAUGGACUACCUGGUUGUGCUGAUGUUAAUGGUUUCAGUCUUAGGAGGAACACUUUUGCUGUCUAGAGACGGCGUUGUUUGUGUUCCCAUACACCCCAAUUCUGCGAACCACACUAAUGGAGUGCAGUCUGAGUCCCAGACCUCACAAGACAUGAAGCUCGCCCGGGGUCGCCGCUCCAACAUGGACUUCCAGCAGUACAUCUACAUAAGCCAGGUGUGUUACCAUGAGGCUCUGCCCUGGUAUUCCCGGUUUCUACCCUAUGUGGCUCUGUUGCAGUCUUUGGUGUUGCUAGCUAGCGGCUGUUUCUGGUUCCACUUUCCUCUCACCUCAGCGCGCAUUGAGCACUUUCUUGCCAUAUUGGCCAAGUGCUGUGAGUCACCCUGGACAACUCGAGCUCUGUCGCACACCGCUCGACUCGACAGCGCUCAAGUCCAUUCCCCUGAGGAACAAAGAGUUAGGCCUCAUCCCAGCGCACCAUCAGCACCCCUUACACGUCAGUCUAGUCUGGACUCGGGAACGGACAGCCCUCUGCUGGUCAGGUUAGAUAGUCCAUCCACAGGUGUCCCACCCUCACCUUGCCCCUCCACUCUUUCCCGCUGUUCUACCCUGUCCUCCCUAUCUCUCCCGGACCCUGGUCCAUCCACCCAAAUUGCUCCUGUGGUUCCAGAAGGUUCCCAGCCAGUGGCUAGCUUGGACCGCAGUGAUGGGGAGCAAGCAAGGGCACUGUUCGAGAGGGUUCGCAGAUUCCGUGCCCACUGCGAAAGCUCAGACAUUAUCUACAAGGUUUACUUAGCUCAGACCGUGUUUAAGGUGCUGAAGUUUGUGCUGAUUGUAAGCUACACCACUCCUCUACUUGGCUCCAUAUCCUUCGACCAUCUUUGUGAACCACACUCCUAUGCUUUGACUGGGUACCGAGCUUUCCAGUGCACCCAUUCCCUGGCCUCCAUUCUCCGCAAGCUGCUAAUGGCCUACGUCUGUCUGGUCGGCCUUUAUGGCUUGCUAGGCCUCUACACCCUGGGAUGGAUAUUCCACAAGCCCCUACGGCAGUAUUCGUUUCAGCGUUUGCGAGAGAGUGGAUCAAUACAGGAUGUACCAGACUUGUGCAAUGACCUGGCGUUCCUGCUGCACAUGGCUGACCAGUAUGACCUUUUACUGUCCCAGCGCUUGUCCGUCUUCCUUUCACCCGUCAGUGAAACCCGCCUGCUGGAGGAGAGUAUGGAGCGACGAUGGGGGUCAGCAUGCCUGCGUUCCAUGAUCUCUUGUGACCACCAGGGGCGCUCUGUACUUCAGCUUGUAGCCCUCCCACGUCUACCCCCAGCCCUUUUUACACUCAGCCAGCUGGAAGUGCUCAAGUUGGAGCUCAUAGGGGAUGCCAAACUCACAGCACAGAUAUCCAACAUGACCUCACUCAGAGAGCUUCAUUUGUACCACUGCUCUGCGGCUGUGGAGCCUGGGGCCCUCAUGGUGCUUCAGGAACGUCUUGAGGUCCUGCACCUUACCUUCACCCAGGCAUCUGAGAUCCCAGGCUGGGUGUACUCACUUCGAGGCCUUCAGGAGCUCCAACUUACCGGACAGUUGUCCAGUGAGGGCGGUAUGGGCCGUGGCUGGGCUCUUGGCAGCCUUCGGCAAUUGCGUCACCUCCGCGUCCUCUUGCUACGCGGCGUGCUACAGAGAAUCCCAGGGGAGUUGAGUGAAGUUGCUGGUAGUCUGGUCCGUCUGGAGAUCCAUAACGAGGGGUCCAGGCUGCUGGUGCUGACUGCGCUGCGACGCUUAACCGGCCUGGCGGAGCUGCAGUUGCAGGGAUGCCAGCUGGAGCGACUUCCAUCUGCCCUGCUGGCACUGACAAAUUUGCGCAGCCUGGACCUACAGCAUAACUCCCUACGGACACUAGAGGAGCUGCUGGGGCUUCAACACUUGCGCCGUCUCUCCUGCCUUCGACUGGCCCACAACCGUGUGGUAGCCGUGCCGGCUAGUGUAGGUGUGCUGCGUGCCUUGGAGGUCCUGGACCUGGCCCACAACCAGCUACAGAGCCUUCCCCCAGCACUCUUCACCCUACAUAGACUACGGCGCCUCUUACUGGCUGGGAACCUUCUAGAAGAACUGCCUGUAGAGGUGGGAGCCCUUACACUGCUUACUGAGCUGGACUUGAGUGGGAACAGGCUGGAGAAUCUUCCAAAAGAGCUGUUCGGGAAUUGUGUUGAACUUCGCAAUUUGAAUGUGGCCAACAACUCCUUGGGUUCUUUACCACCAGGUCUGGGUGGUUUAAACCAACUUUUUCGGCUGGAUCUGCGGGGAAACAGCCUUGAGAAGCUUCCAGUUGAGUUAGGUUGCUGUGCUGGACUCCGUGGUGGUGGCUUGUUGGUGGAAGACUGGCUGCUACACACUCUACCUCGUCAAGUGAGAGACUUCCUGCUGCAGCCCAGCUCUCCAUCCAGAGCAUCCUCAGAAGGACCAUCCCGCCCAAACUCUGACAUCUUCCCUACCUUCUCUGCUGCCCAGUGGAGCUUUCUCUCUGCCCUUGAGUCACGUAUAUAG